GCCCCGUAUCCCUGCAAAACGCCUACUCGCUGCUGUGCCGCACCUUUGAUUCAACACUAGCUGAAGCAUGCCACCACGAGGCUAUCCCUCUCCUCGCCUACAGCCCUCUGGCCAUGGGGCUGCUCUCAGGAAAAUACCACUGCUCUCUUCCGGCGAAUAUCUCACGCAACGACCAGCCGUAUCCUUCUGACAGGGACCGCCGCGCCCCCCUCAGUGAUCUUGAAUCCGAGAAGUUUAACCGUGCAAUGCCCCAACCAGCCGCAGAGGCGGAUGCUGUUUCCAGCUCAGCACUGGCCGACCAUGAUGAUGCCACGCCAGCAAGCGACCGUCCGACGUCAGCAAACGCUGCCACACCUGCGGUCGACGCGGCACAGGUACUUGCCGGGUCGCUAGGAUUGCACCAGGGCUCCAACAACGAGAACAUAAUCUUCCAAGAUCCCUCCUGGCGCUUAGUUAAGUACCGGGGCCGGUAUGCAGAGGCCGAGGGAAGAUACCCGGUUGACAACCCCCGGGUGGCGACAGCUGUCAGGGCGUACGCUGAAGUGGCGAGGCAGUUCCAGCUGUCACCUGUCCAGCUGGCAAUAUCGUUCGUGCUGGCGCAUCCACUGGUGGGAGCAGCGGUUGUGGGUGCAUCGUCUAUGGAUCAGCUGGAGGAGAUUCUGUCGGUUGUGGGGAAGGGGAGUGAGGGGGGAGGGGAUAGCGUAUACCGAUGAAAUGAGAGCGGCGGUUGAUGCCGUUCAUGCUGUGCUGCCCAACCCCACUCCUUGAGCACGUGAAUCCCAACGCCUGGUGGGAGCACCGGUUGUGGGUGCAUUGUCUUUGGAGCAGCUGGAGGGGAUUCUGUCGGUUGUGGGGAAGGGGAGGGAGGGGCGAGGGGAUAGAGUACACAGAGGAGAUGAGGGCGGCAGGAGUUGACGCUGGUCAUGCCGUGCUGCCCAGCCCCACUCCUUGAUUCAUGAAGGCAGCGCUUGUGAGUGCUUCGUCUUUGGAGCACCAGGUGGAGAUUCUGUUGGUUGGGGGAAGGGGGGCUUUAGAGUCGAUUCAAAUGCAGCGCUUGUGGGCGCUUCGUGCUUGGAGCAGCUGGAGGAGAUUCCGUCCGUUGUGGGGGAAGGUUGGGGGGUAUCGGGGAGGAGAUUGCGUUUUCUGCAGAAAUGAGGGCAGCAGUUGACGCUGUUCAUGCUGUGCUGCCAAACCCCACCCCGUAGUAGCCUAUAGACACCGUUCUUUCUUGGAAAGGGGGAGGCAGCGGAGAGGGUAUAGGUUGGCAAGAUGAGAUGAGGGAAGCAGUUAGCGCCGUUCAUGCUGUGCGGCCGGAUCCCACCCUUAGGCCUUGAUGCCUUCAAGGGCGCUGUGUUAUGUUGGAAGUGGCGGGAGUGGAAUUGAAAGCGGAGCAGACGCUGUAGGGAGUUUGCGGAUGAGGCGUUGAAUGCAUGCUGUGCUGUUGAAUUAGUGGCGUUGUGCCAGCGCAUCCCCCACGGAGUUGGUGCUGCUGUUAGCUUAGCUGCCUCCUCGUCAUACCCUCUGCUGUUAGCUUAGCUACCUCCUCGUCAUACCCUCAGCUGUUAGUUGGUGCGCACUUUGAUGAUGCAGGAAUGUAGUAGAAACCAAA